AUGGUCCAGUCAGGAGGCACGGCUGUUGUUAUGAAGAUGAUGCAGGGUAGGGUCGCACGAAACGUGAAGUCGGGGCUGCCCCCGGGGCGCGCGGGGGCCAACGGGGAACGGACAAACGGACAAACGGACGAACGGACCAACGGCCCCGGCACUUCGGCAGCAGCAGCGGCGGCAGCAGCAGCGACUCUAGCGACGCACUCUCGGUCUUCCUCUUCCUCUUGCUCUUCUUCCUCCUCUCCCUCUCCCGCUGUCCCGCUGUCCCGCUGUCCCGCUGUCCCUGUCCCGGUCCCGGUCCCCCCUCCACUCUCCGGCCCGGGCCAUGGCCCCGGCCGUUCCCCUCUGCCGGGCGGGGCCGCCCCGUCCCCGGCCCUGGGCGGCACGGCGCAGUCUCGCCCUCGCCCGGCUCCCGGCGCGCCGGCUGUGGCGCUGCUGUGGUGCUGGCUGUGGUGCUGGCUGUGGGACGGGCUGUGCUGCUGGCUGUGGGACGGGCUGUGGGACGGGCUGUGGGACGGGCUGUGGGACGGGCUCGGCCUCUCCGCCCCUUGGCUCCUCCUGGCUCGAGCCCGGCGCCUGCCGGGGCCGGCGGGGGACGCGGGCGCCGCGGCCGCUGCCGCCUCCUCGGCGGCUUCCCCGGGCAGAGCUCCGCCGCCGCUGCCCGCUGCGGGUGGGGAAGCCCGGCCGGAGACUCUUGAGGGGCGCUCGGAGGCCGUGCCGGGCCCCGGCCCGAACGCUGACGGCCACGUCUCGCCCGCACGGAAGGCGAAAGGGCCUCUGCAGAAGCGCUACCGGCUGGGUUCGCUGCUGGGCAGCGGCGGCUUCGGCCGCGUCUACGCGGGGACCCACCUGGCGGACGGAGCCCCGGUGGCCAUCAAAGCCGUGCCCCGGGAUCUCAUCCAGCGGUGGGGCGAGCUGCCCGACGGCACCCUGGCACCCCUGGAGAUCGUGCUGCUGGACAAGGUGUCCAAUGGCUUUCGUGGUGUCAUCCAGCUCCUGGAGUGGUUCGAGCUCCCCAACAGUUUCUUGUUGGUGGUGGAGCGUCCGGAGCGCUCUCGGGACCUCUCUCGCUUAAUCACGGCGUGGAGGUUCCUGCCGGAGGAGGUGGCGUGGGGGCUGUUCCGCCAGGUGCUGAAGGCCGUGCGGCACUGCACCAGCUGCGGCGUCCUGCACCGGGACAUCAAGCCUCAGAACAUCCUCCUCGACCUGGCCACCGGCGAGUUGAAGCUCCUUGACUUUGGAUGUGGCACCUUCCUUCAGGACACGGUCUACACCCAGUUUGCAGGAACACGUCAUACAGCCCGCCAGAGUGGAUCUGCUUCAAACGCUACCGCGGUGAGGCGGCAACGAUCUGGUCCCUGGGCAUCCUGCUCUACCAGAUGGUCUGCGGGAAGCACCCUUUCUGCAAAGGCACCAACACCAUCUGGGACCAGCUCUCGUUCCCACCAUGGGUCUCUCAAGGCUGCCAGCACCUUAUCAGGUGGUGUUUGUCCAUCCGCCCCUCGGGCAGGCCAGCAUUGGAAGACCUAUUGUGCCAUCCUUGGGUGCAGGGCAUUCACCUGCUCUAGAAGACAGGAGAGAUCCACGUGCUCACUUUGAUCCGGGGGCCUGACAGCUGGGCCCUCGGCAGAACACUGACAGCCUGGUCUGGCCCCCAGGGAAGGAGAAGGGGCCUCUAGAGAAGCUGUGCCGGGUGGGGCUGCUGCUGGAGACAUCGAGGACGACAUCAGGGAUGACAAGCUCUUUGUUGUUGACCUGGACACUGGCGAGCUGAAGAUGAUGGACUUUGAUUCUGGCCCCUUCCUCCAAGACGUGCUCCACACACCGUUUGCAGAUGAGUCCACACCCAGGGGUUGCUCCCGGACGCGGGCAUUGCUCAGCCUGGCUGGGCACCGAAGG